AUGGCAAAGUCACGUCUGGGUCCUCUUGCACGCCUUUGUGCCGAUAAUCAUACAUCAAUCGUGGCUCUCCUACACAGGCCAAGCACUCCAUCCAUUCAUCGUCUUUAUGCUCUACUUUCUACGGCAAAGCUCGGACAUGAAUACGGUUUCUUAGACGGAGAUGCUCAUCAGAGAGAUGGAAUUCCCGAUAUCGGUGUUGAUAAGGUCGUUUCCUCGCUCUGGAAGACUACAGGGUCUAGGAUCUUUAUGGCGACGCAUCUCACCUACAGAGCGACACAAGCGCCUGCUGAUGUCAUGAGCGACCCAAAGUGGUGGGCCUGGCUAUGGCUUCAGAUCGGUCUUUACGGCAUCGUCCUCGAUUUCUGGUUCUACGUUUAUCACCGCGCCAUGCACGACAUCGACUGGCUAUGGAAGUAUCACCGUACCCACCAUCUUACAAAGCAUCCCAACUCUCUCCUCGCCGCUUUCGCCGACCACGAGCAGGAAUUCUUCGACAUGGUUGGCAUUCCCUUCCUGACCUGGGCGACCUUCCAAGUCCUCGGCCUUCCCCUGGGCUAUUAUGAUUGGUGGAUCUGCCAUCAGUAUAUUGCCUUCACUGAGGUUCUGGGUCACAGUGGUCUCCGAAUCUACGGCAUGCCACCUUCGACCUUGGCUUGGCUAUUGAAGGGUGUAGGUAUGGAGUUGGUUAUUGAGGAUCAUGAUCUUCAUCAUCGCAAGGGGUAUAGAAAGAGUCAUAACUACGGAAAGCAAACUCGUGUUUGGGAUACACUCUUUGGAACAUGCCACGAACGGAUCGAGGCUAAGAAUCAGAAUGUUGAUUGGGACAGGGCGGUUUGGUUUCCGAUUUUCUAA